AUUUCUAAAAGAACGUUAUAUCGUUGCAUGGCUGAUCUGUGGCUUUUCUCUUUGAAGCGUGUUCUCAUGGAGCCAGAAGGCAGAAACUCCCUUGAAAAAAUUCAACAAAGAAAAGAAUGGAUGAUAACUGUGAAGGAACAGGUGUAUAUUACAGGGAUCAAAUGCAUAUUUAUUGACGAAGCUGGUUUCAAUGCUAAUUUGAUAAGAACCCAAGGAUGGGCACACAUUGGAGAAACUCCUAUGUUAAAAAAGACGUCUAGGGCUAACCCCAUUUCUAUUCUAGGCGCUACUUAUGCAAAAGACCUUAUAAAGGUCUUGUUGCGUACGGGUAGAAUAGAAUAGCAAAAGAAGAGGCAAAGAGAAGUCUGUGGAAACUGUGGUAGGUUUUAUAUUAGAGUCAUUUAACAGAGACAAAGACAAAAUACAAGGAUGAGGAUAAGGACAAAGACAAUAUUUCUACACUUCAACAUGAGUCGUAUUCAUCUUUUUCAGGAACUUGAUCUGAGAAUGAGAUAUGCCUUGCAGAGUUCAUAGAUUUGCUCGCUUUGGGGAUUUCUACAUGAGACAUUCUAUAUCACAGAUAACAGUUGAAUAUGGCUAUGUGGACUGUAUUAAGUGACUCAAAGUCAAUAAAUUUAAUUGUUCGCUCCCUAAUUGGUACUUCACUAAUAUCUUUUAUUACUCGUUUAAAUAUGCUGUAUUUGUUCAACAUAUAAACCGUCUCUAGGUACAGAUGUUCCUGCCAAUACUUAUUUUGUGGUUCAAACUAAUUGGGCUGAUUCCAAGGGGAAUAUACUUUUUGUGCCA